AUGAAAACACGCCGACUUAACGUCUCGGAAGAUGCAGAGAAUCGAAGAGAAAACUCAGAGCAGAUCCCAGUCGAUGUCAUCGUCGAGAUACUCUUGAGAUUGCCGGCGAAAUCUGUAGGGAGAUGUUGUUGUGUAUCCAAGUUAUGGGCGUCCUUACCUCGCCGUUCAUAUUUCACGGAGCUGUUCUUGACAAGGACUUCCUCUCGUCCGCAGCUCUUAUUCGUUUCCCAAAAAAACAGUGAGUUAUUCUUCUUCUCCUCACCUCAGCCUCAAAACCCUAAUAAGAACUCGUCUCCUGUUGCCGUCACUUAUCAUAUGAAAAUACCCUUUAAAUUCUAUUUAUCAGAAGAAAGAUUUCCUCCUAUCAGAGGCUUGCUCUUUCUUAGAGCUGAUCAAAAUCUAGAGGGAAGGAGGCUUACGGUAUCUGUGAUAUGUAACCCUACCACUGGACAAUUCUUAACCUUACCCUUACCCAAAGUAACGGGGAUUGGGGUUUGUGUAAGCAACUAUUUCGUGUAUGAUCCGAUUCAAAAACAGUACAAGGUUUUGUGCAUGACCUAUUCUGUUAUUGGUUGUGGAAGAGACAACGUGGUGUCUGAGGAGCAUCAAGUUCUGAGAAUAACUAGAGAGCCGUCAUGGAGAAUGAUCAAAUGUGGCAUACCUCAUUAUCCUUACCGUCACCAGAACAUCAAUGCCAAUGGUAUAUGCAUCAGUGGUGUUUUUUAUUAUCCAGCUGCGACACAUAGGUUUUCAAGGGUUUCCAUGUUAGUUUGCUUCGAUGUUAGGUCUGAAACGUUCGGAUGUAUUAAUCUCAAUGAAACUCUCGCUGCAGUCGUGUGUUUUGGAACUCUAAUAAACUAUAAUGGUAAAUUAGGAGCGCUAGUAUUCACUGAUGAAGACCAUAACUGUCUUACUUCUUGUGUUUGUAAGAGAACUAGUAGUUUUAAGUUGUGGAUUUUACAAGAUGCUGCAAAAGAGGAAUGGUCAGAGCAUACAUACUCCUUGUCACCUUCGUGCCGAGAUAUCAUUGGAGACAGUCGUUUAACGUGUGUUGGAGUGACUCGGAGAAAUGAAAUUGUCUUGUCACAACCCCAAAUCUACCGCACGCGGAAACACAACGUGCCUUUCUACAUUUACUACUAUGAUAUCGAGACUGAAAGGGUUGUCAGAGUCAGAAUCCAAGGAAUAGACGCAUCUAAUGGUAGUAGAGUUUGCACAUUUAUAGACCAUGUCGAAAAUGUGUUUGCAAUUGUUUAA